GUUAUAGCAAGGUCACUGACUUCCCAAUGGAGGGUAAAAAAAGGGGAGAAACAACAUAUCACAAACUGGGAUGCAUGGGACGUCCCAAUUGCCACCCAAUCAAUUACACUGCCAGCUUGCCAGAUGGUAAAUACAUCCACUUGGAAGUCAAGUGCUGCAACAAAAUUUUUUGCAAUGAACCUAUUGGUGCACUAAAUCAAAAGAAUCGCGCCAUCAAUGGGAUGGAGUGCCCAGGCUGCCUCGCCCGCAUCCCUAACGCAAAUGAAUCUUGUUCGAGUGACGCUACUGUCAGAUGUCGUGGCCAGGAGAAUAAAUGCAUUUCGUACACCGGUGGCCUUCAGGCACCCAAGUUCAACUAUGACCCAGUCAGCUUCAAAGGCUGUGCGACCAAAAAUCUGUGUGACUUACUAACAGGAGCCACAGAAAAAGGAAAUGACCUCCUGAAACCCAUAGACACAGUAGAAGCGGAAUGUUCCUGUGCCGAAUUCACAGCUUAA